CGCCCUCCAGCUUCGUCUGCUACUCUCGUUACGCGCGCGCGGGUAGCAGCAUAUCGCGGCGCGUCUGCGCGCAUCAGCAGCGGUUCUACACGAGAUGCGCGGCCGACGGCUACGCGUCAUCUACUGCGUCGUCGCGCUGCUGUGUUGCGUCGCGUAUCUACUGCGCUAUUCGUCCAUCGUCGGUGUCGCGCCCUGUGGCGACCGGACGCACCUAACCGGUUACCGAGACCGAAGGGUUACCCACGCAAAGCCCGGUAACCGGACCGUCGAUUCGUCGCCGCUGAGAACGCGGCCGGCGGCCGUACCUAGAUUCACUGUCGUCAUGAUGACGUAUCGACGCAAUGACCUGCUGCGCAUGGUACUGACUAACUACUCCAAGAUGGCGUUCAUAUACAGAAUCAUUCUGCUCUGGCAUAAUCUGGGCGAAGAAGUGCCAGAUUUUCCAUAUGAUAUCGUCAAAGGCGCCGGCAAAGAACUGAUCGUGAUUCGACCCGAACGAAAUCUGCUGAGUAAUCGAAUGCGAUUAUCUGCCGAUCUCAUGACUGAAGCCGUGCUAAUAAGUGACGAUGAUACCCUGAUCAGCGAGGCUGAUCUCCUAAGAGCCUACACGCUGUGGAGAUGGUUUAAUUGUAGAAGGCGCUAGAGCCUACGCCUAAGCCUACGAGACGAGACAAGGCUACCCAACAAAUCUGUUCGGAUACUCGUUUGCAGAGCG